AUGUCGGGCGCAAAGCAUUGGGAGCAGGAUAAGGAAGCCACGGUGUAUGUGGGUAACAUCGACGAACGCGCCACCGAUGCUCUGGUCUGGGAACUGAUGGUCCAAGCCGGUCCUGUAGUGAAUGUUCAUCUGCCUAAAGACCGCGUUACCCAGUCCCACCAGGGCUUCGGCUUCGUCGAGUUCAACGGCGAGGUCGACGCCGACUAUGCCGCCAAAAUCAUGAACGGCAUCCGACUCUACGGCAAGGCCCUUCGAGUUAACAAGGCGUCGGCAGAUAAACAGAAGCCCCUCGAGAUCGGUGCGGAGCUCUUUAUCGGCAACCUUGACCCCAUGGUCGAUGAGAAGGUUCUCUACGACACCUUCCGCAGAUUUGGCACCCUCAUCGCCCCGCCCAAGGUCGCUCGCGACGACAACGGACUGAGCAAAGGAUAUGGGUUUGUUAGCUACAGUAGCUUCGAGGCCAGUGACGACGCUAUCAAUAACAUGAACGGCCAGUUCCUUAUGAAUAAGGACGUUAGCGUACAGUACGCCUACAAGAAAGAUGGGAAGGGUGAACGCCACGGAGAUGAGGCCGAACGGAUGCUUGCUGCCCAGGCAAAAAAGCACAACGUUCAGAUCGAGAGCCAACCCAUGCCACCCGCACUCCUUCAAAACUCUGUCCCGGCUCCCCCUGCUGCUGCUGCCGUCCCGCCACCAGCUAUGGCAACCGGCAGCUUCGACCCUGCCAUGGCCGCCGGCAUCCCUUCUUCGAGGCCGCCAGUCGGCUUUGCUCCGCCUCAACCUGUUCAUCGCGGCCCUCCCCCCCUUUUCGGCGUUAACGGCGUGCCGCCGCCCCCUGGUACUGGAAGGUCUAAUGCACUACCUCCGGCACCGUCAGGAUUACCUGCUCGCCCGCCACCUUCUCAAGCUGGUUACGGUAGCCCGGCGGACUUCCAUCCUGGCGGCUUUCGUAUACCACCUCCCGGGUUUGGCCCUCCGGGUAGCGUGCCGCCGCCGCCGCCACCGGGAUUCCCGCCUAGCUACGGUCGCUGA